CUGAGAACGUGAGAGAUUGCUAUCACUUUUAACGCCCUUUGGUAGAUUGUUCAUUUUAACCACGACAUUUUAAAAAGCUUCAAGAUCAAGAUUUGUUAAGAUGCGUGCCGGCGUCAAGGCAAUUGAGCGAACCCAACAGAUUUUGGAUGUUCAAUAGAAAUGACAACAAACCCUCCAGCACCAGAUUUUCAGAACAAAAAUCGUGCUGCUAUCUUGGCAGAGCUGAAACAGGAGAAGAAAAAGUUGAUAAUGCAGAAUCAAUCGUCUAUGAACAACCCUGGAGCCAGUAUUCCUCUAUCAAGGCCUGCUUUUGCUAAGGAUUUUCGGGACCACGCUGAACAACAACAUAUAGCAGCACAACAGAAGGCUGCCUUGCAGCAUGCACAUGCACAUUCAUCAGGAUAUUUCAUAACUCAAGACUCGGCUUUUGGAAAUCUUAUUCUUCCUGUUUUGCCUCGUUUGGAGCCAGAAUAAGCACUCAAAAACAGUCUUGAUUGUUGGAGAGGAUUUUUCAUAAAUGAGACUAUUUCUUGCACCUGAAAGAACGGCAAUAAAGGGAAAUUUAAUUUCAUCAUUUGAUGCUACUAGUGGACCAUGAUAUAUUAUCUUGCAGAUUUUGUGUAUAUGUGCAAGAGGGAAACAGAUGCCCAAUUUCUGCUUUCCAGUUCAUUCAUAUGACUUUCCCUCAUUUCUCAUUACAUUCACCAGCAGUGAAAGAAGUAUUCUGUAAAGGUUUAACAGUGAACAUGAUCUUGGACAUCAGGAACUUGUCAAAUAAUGAGGGUACUCACUUUGAUAAUCAUCUGUCUACAAGUAAGUUAGUACAUUAUGUACUGCUUAUGGGUUCAUCAUUAUACUGAAAAAAUAUGGCCUCAUUUGCCUAAUGCUGCUAAUACAAAAUGGAUUGGCCAAGCUCCUGCUUAGGCUGAGGAAACUUAAAAAUGUAUAUUACUGAGAAAAGGUUUUUUGUAAGCAUGCUUUAGAAAUCUUGAUUGUACUUCAAUGCAUUCUGUGUAGUUUAAGCUUGAAGUAUGUGGCUAUAUAACUCAGAUUUUGUGUUUUUUUUUGUUGAAUGUCAGUUUUGUAUCCACUGUUGUCAAUAUUAUCAUUCUUUAUUUUAGUUGAGUUCUUGGAUUUUGAGUGAAGUCACUCAGUUUUUAAGUGUUAAAAGCCCAGAUAUAGAACUACUCUUUCAUUAUGGUGGUGCAGUACCAACUUGUGUAAUUGCUGUACUCCAAAAAAAGAAUUGCAGUCACUAAACUAGACACUUAUGACGUCUAAUAAUUACUUGAUUGGAAUGUGAGAAAGAGAUGUUAAACUGUUAGUGGAAGCAAUAUCUAUUCAGUGAACUCCUGGCCUUGUAAACAGUAUGAUACUAGAUUGCAUCUGGGCUUCAGUCUGUUUAAAAUUCUCCAACUUGGGUGCUACAUUUGGCCUUGGUUAAAGAGAGACUGGAAAAGCAGCCAAGAUUCCACAUUAAACCUGUGCUGGUACUGUGGCUUCAGGGCAAAAUAUAGAAUUGGCUGUAGUGUUGCAAUGGCAACUUGACAGAUCCCAGACAGUAAACUGAACCUCAGCAAGGAAUUAGAUGGAAGAGGCAAACAUUGUUCAAUUAAAAGGUGGUGAGAAGGGCAGAUUUUUCAACCAACUUGUUAGUUUUCUUUUUGAAAGUAUUUAAAGCAGAUAAACCUAACUUGAUCCAUCUUCCCAUAAACUGAUCAAUCGCAAGUUUGUUGUGACAGUGAAUUGUUUCCUCACCAUCGCUUAAAGAUGCAUAUGUGCCACAGUAACAGUUUUGGAGUCAGUAUUGCACAAAAUUAAAAGCACACAUAUUGGCCUGCUUCUCUGCACAAAGGACACAGCUCCAUUUGCACACCUCAUCUUACAACUAUUGUGUAUAACCUAUUAUUUAUUUACCUUCCUCUUCUGUUCAUACAAAUAUGAAUCGGGAGCAGGAAUAGGCCUUUCAAAUCUGCUCUGCCACUUCACAAGCAUGUAACCCAAUAUAAAUCAUUGUGCAAAACCGACUAUUUUGAGGAACAAUAAAUUUGAAUGCCUCUUGUAUUUUGUGAACACAGAAUUGUUCCAUCAAUCUACCAAUGUUUUGAAUGCAAAUUGAAUUAAACUUUGAAGGAAACCAAUAGCAAAAUAAGUGGCAAUUCCUACAAGUGUCCAGAAUAAACACACAUUAAUUUUCAAGUAAUAAAUUGUACUAAAUAUAUGUAGCACAAUGGAACUCUUUUUUAGUAACUAAUCAUAUUAUUUUGCGUAGUUUUAUUUGAUUUAACCAUAAUUUGAAUGAGUGAAUUCCUGUUUCUGUGUUUCCAUUUAUCUCGGGCAUCAGGUGCAUUACAGAUUUUAAAAAUAUUGAAAGCCUUGAAGCUAAGCACAGAAAAUUAAUUAUCUCCCAGGCCUAGGCAAGGAUCCAAGAGUUUUAUUACAAAAGGGUGAUUUAUUUCCAAGUAGGUAUUUGGUCUAUCUAACUGAUCAAUGUGAUUCAUUAAAACAUUGAUACAUUUAUCUGCCAUUUGUAUUUUGAAGAAUAUAAUAAAAUUACUGGUUAUUUACAAAAAAAUUAAAACUUGGUUUAUAUAUCCGAA